UGGCGAACAUGUGGUCUCAAUGGAGAGCUGCUGUGUUUCUUUCCUCCCUUCUUCAGAUGUGCAGUGCAGUUGUCGUCCUCGACUGUCAGCCCACCAGAAAUGGUGACGGGAUGCUUUACAACAUAUUGGGCCUCUCUGAUCCCUUAGAAGCCAUUUGCGACUACCUGUGGAACAAUGAGGAUAUUAUGCUUGCUAACAAUGACGACAAAACUGCACUGGCGACGAGACACAACUCCAGCACUCUGGAAACAUCUGAAUGCCUUGCUGAUGUGACUUGGAAGCAAGAGUGCUCACAGAUGCCAGGAGGACUGAAGUAUUUCUCAGCAAAUUGCAGCACAACGUGUGCCAACAAGAACUCUCUUCAUGGAGACAGCACUACCACUAAACCUACUGACGAAGAGGAACAGUCUAACACUAACAGUCUAACAUGGAUUGGAAUUGCAAUCGGGGUACUGAUCGGACUUACCAUUUUCACACUUACCAUUUUCCUGCUCUACAAAUACAAAUGCAUUCCAGUCUCCGUUCCCAGGAUCCGCCACUGCAGCUUCAUUGGACGAGCGUACAGAGCUGUGAGAAGGGAAAAUAAUGAACUGGGAACCUUCAAUGUGUAAAGUGGAGGGAUUCCGUUCAGAGACGUUUCACUAUUAUUCACUAGUUUUGUGUUCUGCAUAAUUACUAUAGAAGAUGUCAUGUAACUUUAGGAAACAAUUGGACCAAUAUCUGAAAUAACUGUUUACACUGGAAUUUAAAGUUCUGUCUGUUACUAACUACUGCCAUCUGCAUACACUGCUGUUUUUAUUUCCAAAAGUACUUUCUACAUAUUAACUGUAUUGAUAUAAUGUUUUUAAGCAAUGUGUAUCUUACACAAACUUUUUUGCAGGCUAAGCUUUGAGUUUUUGUUGCAUGUUUUGAGAAGAUGCCAGAUUUGUGCUACACACAGACGCGACACUAUCAUUGUUUUAAAUUUAAUUAGCUUCGUAUCCUCGAUGACAAUCCCCCUGCUGAUGAGGUCUGACUCAUUGGUGCACAGGUUAAUUGUUUCCGAGGCUGUGGAAGUCUCUUUGCUUCACCACACGCCUCUCAGUUUGUCUCUGAGAAGCGUUAGCAGUGCUGUAACCUCCCCAAAAUCCCCCCUAAGUUCUCCCCUGGUGGAAUUGAGAGACUAAAAGCUGUGGAAGCUUGGAGACCAGCAAUGCAGCACCAGAUAAUGUUCUUUCAGCGUCCUGUUGCAUUAUGACCUAUUUUUUAAAAUGAUAUAUUGUGUGUAUAUAUAUACAUUAAAUGAAUAUUAUGGAAAGUUCUUAAUAUAACACUAAUAAGAUAUGAGCAUUAAUUGUGAUUAAUGCUCACAUAUAAUAUGAACUAUUAUACAUACAAAAGGUUUGCAUGUGCUGUCAUGUACUGUUGGAUUCAUUCCAGUGUAAUGAGAUCAUGUCUCCUCAUUACCGCCUUUCACAAACUGCUCUUUUUUAUUCUAAUGCUUUUAAUAAAUCAUGCUAUGAUAAACAUAAAGUGUCUGAGCUUUGUUUUAGCCUGGAUCAGGUUCUGGUCAAAAGCUUGAUUUAGCCUUAAGUGUGAACUUUGAUGGUUGUUGGACUGUUCCUGAAUGCUGAAACUCAUUUCAGUUCAUCUGGGGUUCGCGGUUUGGGUCAGGUGGUUGAAACCUGAACCCGAAACCAGACCAAAAAAACUUACAUGAACUAUUUCAAUCCUGUUAGGAAAGGUGGUGAAUA